UCUUCCAUUUUGAGUUAUGAUUGAUAUCACCCCUACUCUAACCUGCCCCUUCUUAUGCUGGAACUGAAAGUAGUGAAGACACUGAAGGGCAUGUUUAGUAUGAGGCGGCGGCAGGAGGAGGAAGGGGCGGCGGAUGAAGGCAAAGUGGCGGUGACGGUGGCUUCACCCGCCGCCGCCAAAUAUGAGUCUCUUCUUGCUUCCAAGUAUCCUUAUAACUUUCUCCUAUUCCCUACUGGAACUAAGGUUAAAGUUUCUGAGCUUGAAAACAAAGUUAUAGGCAUUUAUUUUUCGGCUAACUGGCACCCACCAUGUAUAAAGUUUACGCAAGUGUUGUCGGAUGUGUACGCUAAACUUAAGAGCAGAAAUGCUGGGUUUGAGGUGGUGUUCGUGUCGUCCGAUGAAGAUGUUCAUGCUUUUGACGCAUACCGAGCGUCCAUGCCGUGGCCUGCGAUUCAGUUUUCUGAUCUGGAGAGGAGGAAAGAGCUAAACCGGAGGUUCGGGAUUGAAGGUAUUCCCGCCCUGAUUCUAAUACAACCUAAUAACCAUGAAAAUGAUGCAGUUGUGCAUAACGGAGUUGAGGUCAUAUACCGCCAUGGAAUGGAAGCUUUUCCGUUCACCAAAGAGAGGUUGGAGGAGUUGCACAAGGAAGAGAAGGAGAAGCAUGAAAAGCAGACGUUGAAAGAUUUGUUAACACAUCGUGACAGAGAUUUUGUUUUGGGCCACUCCAUACUGCAAGAACAAGUGCCUGUUGAUUCAUUAACUGGUAAAACGGUGGGGCUAUAUUUCUCAGCAAAGUGGUGCCACCCGGAACAGAAAUUCACGCCAAAGCUAAUAUCAGUGUACCAAAAGAUUAAGCAGGAGACCGAAAACAAUGGUGGCGGCGCCUGCGGCGGUUUUGAGGUGGUGUUUGUGUCGAGCGACCGUGACCACAAGACAUUCGACGCGUACUUCGGGACAAUGCCAUGGCUAGCACUUCCAUUUAAUGACCCGACAAACAAGGACUUAACAAAGUACUUCGACAUUACAGAGAUUCCCAGCCUGGUGAUUCUGGGACCGGACGGCAAAACCGUGACAAAACUAGGGAGGAAACUGAUAAACUUGUAUGAAGAAAAGGCGUAUCCGUUUACGCGAGGCAGGGUGGAGUUGCUGGAGAAGAAGAUGGAUGAAGAAGCGAAAAGUCUGCCGGAAUCUGAGUUUCAUGUGGGGCACCGGCACGAGCUGAGUUUGGUGUCGGAAGGGAACGGCGGCGGAGCUUUCAUCUGUUGUGACUGUGAUGAACAGGGGUACGGCUGGGCUUACUUGUGCCUCCGGUGUGGCUAUGAAGUGCACCCUAAAUGUGUGAAAACUAUCAUGGAAUCAAAUAAGAGUUAAUUGGCUUGCCUGGUUUUAGCAAUUCUGAUCUACAGAUCAUGAAGUUCCUGUUUAAAGUGAUCGAUGAUAAUAGAAUAAAGAAGCAAAAACUUGUCAUUUCCUAAAGAUUUUGUUGAGAGUAGAAGUGAAAAUACUUUGUGAAU